GUCCGUAGCGUGAAGCGCACGUCACCGGGCUUUUUCAAGAGCCAAAUGGCCACCCCAGGCCGGCCGUCCGCUGGGGUGACGUGCGCGUGAUGUUGCGUGUCUGGCAUAUGUGUUGCUAUUGUAGAUCUACCCGCCUACUGCUUCUGCCCUCUUACAUGUGCGUGUUGUCAGAAUUGGUGGGAGAGAGAGGCGGUGAGAAUGGUGAAGAGAGGAUCAGUCGGGCGGUCAGUCCCGCCCGAAUAAAGGAUUAAGUCAAUGUGACCAAAGGAUAUGAAUCAUGAUGCAAAGUCCACGCAUGACAUGAAGCAUAGAUCAGUCCAUCCUGUCUGACGUCCUGUCUUCCAUGGUCUGUCUCAUGGACACGCACGAGAUCACCAUAGGCGUCCUGUCUCACAGAUCAGUAGAUCGUCGAUCUACGGUGGACCGACUUGCACUUCUGACACCCCCUCUCAAGUCGGUACAAAAUAGGGCAUCAGUCCUCGUAAAACCAUUACUUGACCAAAAUGCUGCGCGAGGGAGGUCUUCGCUACCACAAGAGAUCUGCACAAGGAGCAGCUCUUGUCAAGAAGAAAAACCAGAAAGUGAUGUGCCAAAGGCCAUCAGUGGGGCACAAGGACAAGAAGAACAGAGUGAAGCCGCAGAUCCAGACGGCGGACAUUACUAUCAGAGAUAGAGAGAAGCGAAGGAGUGCUCCUCUGCAACCUCAAGUAAGUGGUCAAAACCACACAAGGAAGGCAAGCACUUCACAAACAUCAUUCAUGACACAUUCUGCCUGCCUGUGAUCUUCUGACUCAGGUACUCGUGUGCCUCUCUGCCCAAUCCCUUAGUCAGUAUGUCAGCGACAUUCUCAGAUGACGGUACGUAACGCACAGACACAACGCCUAACUGAACCAGAUCACGUAGAUAGUGGUAACGCACAUCGAUGUGUUUGGUUCUCUGGCUGACUAUCGGGUUGUGUGAGCUCAGAAUGGCACCUCCACUGUCAGCAUGCAAGACUGCACUGCCAAAUCGAAUGCCGAACAGCUUCACUUCCUUCACAAAAUCAGCUAGGUAGACGAGGGCAGUAGCACACUCACACAUUUGUACAUAUCCUGCCUCGACAGAAGAUAGAGUGACGAUUGGCUGUGUUUUGGCGCUUCACAGGACAGGGCCUCCACACAGAAAAACAACGUGACCCCCACUGGACUUCCUAUCCUUGCUAUCUGCCCAUGAUGAAUCAGAGUACGCACACAAAUCCAACACACUGUCUGACUGACAUGCAUUGAACUCUAUCCCUUUCUCCCUUGUUGCACUCAGGUAUCGCAACACACGCUUGGCUGCUGUCCAGUGGCUCACUCCUGGGUUGUGGGCAUGCUUGGCCAGCUCCUUGACGGCGAAUGCGAUGUCCGGUCGGCACGUAACGGAGCAAAACAUGAGGGACCCCACAAGUUGUCGAUAGGGAAUCUUGCUCAUCUUCUUCUUUUCGUCCUCGGUCUGCGGUGCCAUAUCGCCGAUCAGUCUCACACCAGACGCAUACGGGAAUGGUGUUGAGUUGGCUUGAUCCAUGUUAUACUUGCUGAUCAUCUUGUCGAUGUAUUGUGGUUGUGUGACGGUCAGGUGUCGUCGUGGUCGGUCUCGAGUGAUCUUAAGUACCAGGAACACAUCAGCCUCGCCCAGAUCCUUUGUCGCGAAAACGCUCGACAGCUGUGAUUUGAACCAGGUGACCCCCUCUUCGCGGCUGGCGAUAAGGAUGUCGUCGACGAACACACACAACAUGACUCCUUUGUUGUCGUGCAGGUACACACAGGGUUCCUUGGGAUGACGGCGGAAGCCGAGAUGCAGUAGCCGGUUGUGGAGGGUAAUGUUCCACGCACGUGGGGCCUCUUUGAGUCCGUAAAGGGCCUUGCGGAGGCGGACAACAUAUCCCGGGCGCUCGUAUCCAGGUGGACACUCCAUGAACACUGGCUUGUCGAGCGGCGCGUUGAGAAAUGCUGUGUUGACGUCCAUUUGGUGAAUCUCCAGAUCGAGUUGGUUGGCGAUGGCCAAGAUUGCUCGCACGACGUGGUAAGAGGGCGUCGGGGCGAACACAUCAUCCACUUGGUUCUUGUCUUGUUCGAAUCCGCGAGCGAUGAUGCGGGCCCUGUACUUGUCAGGCUUGAGGGCAUACACCCACCGACAGGAUAUCGGCCGGCUGGUCGCCUGAAAGCGGAGCACAUACGAACACACCUAGGUCAGUAACCGAUUCGAUCUCCCGAUCCAUCGCAUCUUGCCAGUGGCAGGCGUUGAAUGUCUUGACUGCUUGCUGGUAGGUCUUGGGCACUUUGGAUGCGAAGAGCUGUGUCAUCGGUGGCCUCGCGAGUGCUGCUGGUGCAUCGAUGUCGACGGCCAGGCUUGGCAUCGUGUCGUCCACAUCGUCAGCAACACACAGUCGUUCGAUGACGGCAAAGAUGUUGUUCUCGUACAGCCACCGAGGGAUGAGUUGAUCUCGACCUGAUCUCCUUCGGUGCUCGGCGUUGUCGUCUUCUGCCCCCUCCCCCUCUCGAAUGACUCUGUAGUUGUCAGUGGCACCUUCAUCGGCAUCGGCGGCGAGUUCUUCUCCAUCUUGGGCAUCUUGAGCGGCCGGCGGUGCUGCUGGUGCUGCUGGCGGCCCUUCGAGCGGUGGAAGGUCGUCGGGCUCUUGUUCUUGGUCUUCCUCGUGUUAAUGGACACGCUCAU